UUUGAUGUCCGAACCACUUUUUGGGUUGCUUUUAUUUGUGAAGAAAUCUCACUUCUCUUCACUUUUUUUUUUUUUCCUUCCCUCGAGAAUCCCAAAGAAAAAUGAAAAAAAUGUCUUCUCCAACCAAACGCCGAGAGAUGGACUGGAUGAAACUGAUGAUGAGUGACUACAAGGUGGAGAUGAUCAAUGAUGGCUUGCAAGAAUUUUAUGUUGAAUUCAAUGGACCGAAAGACAGUCCUUAUCAUGGUGGUGUGUGGAAGAUAAGGGUGGAGCUCCCAGAUGCUUAUCCUUAUAAAUCUCCUUCAAUUGGCUUUGUAAACAAGAUCUACCACCCAAAUGUUGAUGAAAUGUCUGGCUCAGUUUGUUUGGAUGUCAUCAAUCAGACUUGGAGUCCCAUGUUUGAUCUGGUAAAUGUGUUUGAAGUGUUUCUUCCUCAACUUCUUUUGUAUCCCAAUCCAUCAGAUCCAUUGAAUGGGGAAGCUGCAGCCAUUAUGAUGCGUGAUCGUACAGCCUAUGAACAAAGAGUGAAAGAAUAUUGUGAGAAAUAUGCCAAGCCAGAAGAUGUCGGAGCAGCGCCUGAAGAGAAGUCCAGUGAUGAAGAGCUAAGUGAAGAUGACUAUGCUGCCUCGGAUGACGAGGAAAUUGCUGGAAAAGCUGAUCCUUAGGCACACAAUAUGCCUAUUCCCUAGACAAUUGUUGUGCUGUACAUCAUAUUCAGGUCCAGGAAAAUUUGAACUUGACAAAACUGGGGGCAUAUGGAAAACUUCCUUCUCCUUUGUGUCUUUAUUUUCCAUUGAUGUUGUGUAAAUUAAUCUACUGUUGUUUAAUAUUUCAAGUAUUCAUCCAUUGCUGAGACUGAAA